UGCAGCAAUGACCGAGAACGUAAAGUGUUCCGAGGCUCGUUGAAGCGUCAGGCUAUGAUUAGCCGACUUAUAUUCAGCCCUUCCAGACCUUCCAGAUCAACACAUGCGAGGCUUACUAGUCCCCAGGACGACGAGUUAGCUUUCGAAUGUGAGAUUUGGCGAAUGCACAGCGUGAUGAACGUCAGACAAAUAUUCGCCGGUCUAAUUUGCGGUGUAUCCUCCGAGGCAGAAACAAAGACAUCUUUUGAUUCUGACGAGAACUCAGUUGAAAAGGACGAUCCUACCCCGAUCUUACCUCUUCGUCGAGCUUGGACGACAGGAUCUUCUCCAGCAACCCAAGUCACCAAGAAGUCAAGUCACCCAAGAAGACAUACGUUCUCUCACAAUUCCAUCAAAGCAAGCCAGCAACGACGGUCUUCGCCUCUGAUCCCCCUCACUCUUUGGCGCCGCAAAAGCAACAAUAAGACCACAAUGAGCUCUCUCUCGGAUCUCCAAGAACUCCUGAAGGAAGCGGCAGUCGAUGUACGCAACGAUAGUGACGAUAUGACGUACACCUGGGUUCCAAUCUCGCGUAUUCACGAGAUUCUUGCCGACCAUGAUGCUGUUGUCAAAGCAUUUCAAGACGAAAAUUUCGAAAUCGGGCGGGAGAUGAAGAGCUUCAUGUUCGAUAAGGCGAAGACUCUCGUCGCUGUUCUCAUUCGUCGUGGUCGCCACAAGUGGCUCAGUUUCUUCCAUGGCGGUAGCUUUGAUAAUAAGUGCUUCCCCAUCAACUUCGAGAGCGUCAAAAUCGACAAAUCUUGUCAGAAGUGGACCGUAGCGUCAUAUAAGUCAAACCAGUCAAUCAAGUCCGUCAGCUUUAAAGUUACCGCCAAUGAAGUUGACGGAAUCAGCAAGAAAGACGACGACGAGCUCGCAAACUUCUGCAAACAGUAUCAGUGGGAAUUCUUUGUGCCAGUGUUCGCCCCUAACGAGCCAGCCCAUGUUUUUGAUCCUCGCUGCCCAAUGCCCUUCGUCAAAGAAUUCGAGCCUUAUGCGACCAACUUCAGCAUCGUCAGGCAUUUUGUCAUUCACCGAAGCCAUCUCAACUUCCCCCGGGAUGAUCAGAUUGGUACAAUUGUUGACGCUGAAGAUAACCCUCAUGUUGCCGUCAAAGAAUUGUUGUCUGCGCAAGGUUUAACAGCAGACAAGUUUCAGGAUCUCGCUGAGAAUGAGGCUACCAUCUUGGCACGUCUACGAAACCAGAACCACCCACAUUUCAUUCGAGCGAUUGCUAGCUUCACCCAAGGAAAUCGGCAUUUCUUCGUUUUUCCAUGGGCCAGAGGUGGCAACCUGCGCAAUUUCUGGAAACUGCAACCUAGUUUGAGCGCUGCAUCGGAUGAUAUCAGCAUACAGGAUUGGAACAACUACUUGUAUUGGUUUUUCGAGCAGCUGCUCGGCCUGGCAAGCGCUGUGAAGAAUCUUCAUCAUCCCGAAAACGACCAACAUAAGUAUUGCAGGCAUGGCGACCUGAAGCCGGAGAACAUUUUGUGUUUCAGCAAGAAGGAAGAUGACAUUGGCAAAGGGAAGAUUCCUACAGGCGUGCGGCUGGUUGUCGCUGAUGCUGGACAUGCCAAAGUACACGAGGAAGCCACUGAGAUCCGAGGUUCCCCAACAACCACACCCAAAGGCACGAUCAUGUACUCGCCCCCAGAGGCGGACAUUAAACAAGCCAGAACAAGGCGAUACGACAUCUGGUCCAUCGGCUGUUUGUAUCUUGAGUCCCUCAUAUGGAUGAUGUAUGGCUACGAUGCACUAAAGUCUUUUCAUCUAGAUGUUGGACCUGGAGAGCCUUACUUCGUCAAAGGUCCGCCCGCCGAACUCAAAGUCGUGGUGAAAGAAUGGAUCAAAACGAUCAAAGACGAUCCCCGCUGCGCUCCUGUCGAGAAGACUGCUGUCGGCCGUCUGAUCAGUUUGAUCGAAGAAAGGAUGCUGGUUGUACGAGUCACAAGAAGAGAUAUAGGCAAUCAGCAGCCGACAAGUCUCAACGUGAUUGUUAGAAGACCUACGCAACCGCUAGAUUCGGAUGCUUCUGCAAGGGAAAACCCUGAACGAGCCGAUGCCAAGGAAGUCUACGAGAAGAUGAAGAGCAUAUUCGAUGCCGGCGAGCAGAAUGAUCUGAUAUGGAUGAUUCGGGAUGCGAAAGCUUCAGCACGUGGGCCGCCGACCAUCACCAGGGGUCUUGCUCCUGGCGACAGCAGGAGACCUCCAAGAACACGUGAGUCUCUUGAAAACAUAACAGAAAUUAGCGACGUAAGUCUGCAGAAGCAAUGGCGUGAAAGAUGUCCAUUAGGUGACGCGACUGACGCGUUAUUGAUUGAGCAAAAAUAGAGAUAUGUGAGUGAGCCUUCCAAAGCAGCAUGGUCACCACCAAGCUGACAA